AAAACAGUUUACUAUUGUUUACAUAUCUUAAGGGUAGAGAAAAAUUACAAACAUUUAUAGUAAUUUCUAUAAUUAAUUAGUUUUUAAACGCAAAAUUUACACAAAAUUUCCAACACAAAGUCUUACUAAUUAUGUUAAUAAUCGAAAUAUAUGGACGGGUGUGUCGAGUGUGUAUGUGUAAAUCGAAUAAUUUGCAUAGUUUAAAUGACAGCACCGAAGAGUGUCUAACCAUGAAUGAAAUGUUGACGAAAACUGUCUCCGGCAUACAUGCCAACAUCGAAUUUCCAGUGCCUCAAGAAAUUUGUGAUUUAUGCAUGGAGCAUUUACAGAUCGCCUAUAGAUUCCAACAGCUGUGCAUGAACACCAAUGAACAAAUGCAAAAAAUAUGGGAACAGUCGCAAAAGGCAGAGGUUAAGCAGCAGUCCUUAACAGGAGAAGCAGAGAAUGAAGAAGAUGAACCAGAUCCCAUUAAGGUGGAAUAUGAUAUGGUGGAGGGGGAGGAGCAAAAAUUUGAUAAUGUUGAAAUGUUAGAAGAUUUUGAAAAUGUGGAAAAUGGUCAGAAAUGGGAAAAUGAUACAGAUGAGGCUCCGGAUAGGGAUGAAUUGGCCUGUCAAGAUACUUCGUUAAAAUCAAGUUCUUCAUCUUCCGGCCGACUAGGCGCUACUCGCUUUUCCUGCUUAGAAUGUAAGGAAUCAUUUGCAAAACAUUCUCAAUUAAAACGUCAUCGUCGUAAACAUGAGUCAACGCAUCCCUUUGAUUGUCAAAAGUGUACACAACGUUUUAAAAGUAAAUCCCUGUUGGCAAAACAUUCAAAAAGCUGUAAAAAAGACAAAUGUCCAAUGGUGGGUAAAAGUGAUAGCGAGGAUGAGGACGAUGAGGAUGAUGACGAUGUACCUCUAAGUACUUUAAAGAAAACAGAAAGUGAUAAUGAAAGUGACGUCUCCAAGGAAAAUAAUAAAAAGAAACAAAAAUCCUUAAAAAGUGAGAAAAAGACUCCUUACCAUUGUUCCAAGUGCAAUAGCUAUUUCAAAUAUAGUUAUCAGCAGACAAAACAUCGUUGCAGUGAUGAAGAUAAUGAAGGACAUAAAUGUGAAGUUUGUAACAAGACUUUUAGCACAGAAAACAUGUUGAAAAAACACAUGAGUAGCAAACAUAAAGACAAGAAAAACAAAACAGAGAAAAAGACUUUAGACAAAAGUAAAGUCUCCGAUGAAGAGGAUGGUGAUGAGGAAUUCAAACCCGAAGAAGUUGAUAUGGAUCAAGACAAUGAUAAUUGGAAUGAUCAAGGCGAAUCCUCAGAUGAUAGCGACUCUGAUUAUGCAGAGAAAGAAAAAACUGCAGCCAAGGCUAAACCAGAGCCCUUAGAAAAUCAAUACAAAUGUAAGGAAUGUUUUGCUUCAUUCAGAUUUGAAAAGCAACUUGCUAGGCAUAUGAAAAAACACACCGAAGCCCAUCGUUUUAUAUGUGUUUUGUGUUGGGAUCGUUUCAAGUAUCCGCACAUGCUGCAGAAACACAUGCAAAAACAUCACCCGGAGGAUAAUCCUAAUCCCAAAGUGGCCGAGACCAAACCGGAAAAUGUAGAAAAGACACACGUUUGCAGUUAUUGUCCAUCGGCCUAUUCAAAUGUGGGCGGUUUGGCUCAACAUAUGAGUAAGAAACAUCCCGAAAUUAAACCUUUCAAGUGUGACAAAUGCGAUAAGACAUUUGUGGUCGAGGAACAUUUGAAAAUACACACAAAUCGUCAUAUGGGUAUUAAAAACUUUAAAUGUGAUCUUUGUGAUAAAUCAUUUUCAUUUAAGUUUGCCAUGAAACAGCAUAUGCGCAUACACACUGGAGAUUUGAAUUAUUUGUGCACCUUGUGUGGCAAGAAAUUCUAUAGACCCAGUAAUUUGCGCCAGCAUAUGCAACGUCAUGGUGAUGAUAAGCCCUAUACAUGUCCUCACUGUCCCAAACGUUUCAAAUGUCCCUCGGAUCGUUAUAUACAUUUAAUGUCUCAUCAAGAGGGUAAAAAUCAUGUUUGUCAGACUUGUGGCGCCAGAUUUUCUCGAGUGGAUACUUUACAUCAGCAUCAAAUUUUACAUACGGGAGAAAAACGCUAUAAAUGUGACCAAUGUCCCAUGGCCUUCCCCCGUUUAAUGAAUUUAAAUCGUCACUUACGCACUCAUACCGGUGAAAAACCCUACAAAUGUAAAUUUUGCGAAAAAGCCUAUGCCCAGAGUAAUGAUUUAAAUAAACAUUUACGCACCCAUGUAGGAGAGAAUACCUAUAUGUGUACCCAGUGUCCGGCUGCGUAUAAAUAUCAAGCGGACUUAAGAAAUCAUGAAUGGGAACAUUAUCGUCUACAAAAGGAGGCCGAACAAAAGGCUAAAGAUGAAGCGACUGCCUUAAAAACGAAAGAAGAACAAACUGUUAUGGAAGUUAAUGUAUACAAUAAGGAAUUGGAAAAUAUCUGGAAACUACAGGAGCAGGAAAGAUCCCAAGAAAACAUUACAGAGGAUGUUCCAGAUGUUAAGGUAAAAGAAGAGUUGUCCAGAACCUCUAAUAAAGGUCCCACAAAAGACAUUGAAAAACCAAAUGAAAGUGAUGCGGAAGACAAUAGCAGCUCGGAAUAUUCUUGGCCUAUUCUAGAAGAAUAUGGUGUUGAAAGUUGCACUGAUAUAAGUUCCACACAAGCCUCUGAAGAUACAAAACUUGAAAUUGAAAAUUCAAAUGAGAACGAAGACACUAGCAGCUCGGAGGAUUCUUGGGCUUUUCAAGAUAAAAAUAAUAGCGAAAGCAGUAGCAGUGAAAAUGAUACAACAGCUUCACCACCAACUAAAAAAACCUUAUUAACUAAACAUUUGGCGAAUGAAUUUGCUUGUCAUAUGUGUAGCUAUCGUUUUUCUACCGAAAGAAAACUAAUGAACCACUUAAUUUGGAUACACAAAUUUAAAGCCAGUAAUUUACAUAAGGGACACUAUGACUGUGAAUACUGUUCCUUUAAAUUUUAUGAAAAAAUGGAAUGGGCCAAUCAUGACUUUUGUCGUACAUGUUUAAAACCUUCGGAAAAUAUGCAAAAUUUAAGCAAUUUAUUGGAAAAUGGGACCAAAAUCGAAGAUAUCCUUAAACAAACUAUACCCAGUUUUGAACUUAAAAUGGUGGGACUCCAGCUGCCUGAAGAAAUAUGUAAAUCGUGUCUAAAUAAACUAAAAGAAUCUUUCAAUUUUAUACAAAUGUGUCAAGAAAACAAUAAGGAAUUGCAAAACUUAUGGAAACUUCAGGAGCAAGAAAUUAAGAGAUCCCCUAAAGACUUUACCCAGAAUAUAUUAGAAGUUAAUUUUACACCAGAACUGAACGAAGAAAUCUACUUUACUGUUAACCUCGAUGUAGGUACUCCACAAGUCAUUGAGGAAAUUACAGUUGAAACUGAAAACCCCAAUAACAGUAGCAGUGAAAAUAAUACAACUGUUUCAUCAACAACUUCAAGCGAGGAUACUGUCGAUGAAUUAGCUUGUCAUAUGUGUAGUUAUCGUUUUUCUACUGAAAGAAAUCUUAAAUAUCACUUAAUAGGAACACACAAAUUUAAAGCCAAAAUGGCAUCGCUACCAAUAGUUAGCGUUUGUCGCACUUGUUUAAAACAUUCCAAAAAUAUGCCAAAAUUAAGUGAUUUAUUUGAAAAUGGCAAAAAAAUUGAAGAUAUCCUUAAACAAACCAUACCAGAGUUUGUGGUAAAAAUUGGGGGACUACCGUUGCCUGAAGAAAUAUGUAAACAGUGUCUUAAUAAACUAAAAAAAUCCCAUGAUUUUGUACAAACAUAUCAUAAAAGCAAUAAAGAAUUGCAAAAUAUUUGGAAACAACAAAUGGAGAAUGUGGAAAGCUCCACUGAAGACAUUCCCAAGGAUAUUUUAGAAAUUAAUUUUAAACCAGAACUAGAAGAAGUAAUCAGUUUUACUGUUACUACCGACAUAAGUUCAACACAAGCCUUUGAAGAGAUAAAACUUGAAAUGGAACAACUGAAUGAGAGUCAAAAGGAAAAUAUUAGCAACUCGGAGUUAUAUAGACCCUUUCAAGAUAAAAAUGAUAACGAAAGCCGUAACAGUGCUAUAAAUCCUGCACAAGCCUUUGAAGAGGCAAAACUUGAAAUAGAAGAAGCACAUGAGAGUCAAAUGGAAAAAAACAUCAGCAGCUCGGAGGAGUGUAGGCCUUUUCAGGAUAAAAAUAAUGGUGAAAGCAGUAGCAGUGAGAAUGAUAUUACAGAUUCACCAACAACUAAAAAAACCAAAAGAAUUUAUCGCCAAAAAGCCACUACAAAACGUUCAAAUACCAAAACAUGUCUACAUUGCAAUGAAAAGUUUAGCAGCAGAACACAUUUAACUAAACAUUUGGAUGUACACGAUCCAGUCUAUGAAUUUGCUUGCCAUUUGUGUAGCUAUCGUUAUUCUACUGAAAGAAAACUAAAAAAUCACUUAAAAUGGACACACAAAAUUAAAGCCAGACAUUUAGAUAAGGGACACUAUGUCUGUGAAUACUGUUCAAUUAAAUUUUAUGAAAAAAUCGAAUGGUCUAAUCAUGAUUGUAUGAAAAUAAAACGGAAUAGAAAAUUAUGUAGCUUUUAUUUUGAUGAUUGCCCACGAAAAAACCAAAAUGGUAAAGGAACCUAUGAUGAAUUAAAAACUCACAUGGAUGUUAAAUAUCCAGCUGAGUUAGAUUUCAAAUGCCCUACUUGUGAACAAACUUUUUCUGAAGAAAUCCAGCUGAAAUAUCAUAUUAAUGAACAUAUGGGCUAUAAGAAAUUAACUUGUAAUUUAUGUGAGAAGACUUUUAUCACUAGCUUGGCCCUAAGAGAUCAUAAAGUUAAUCAUGCUGGUAAAGAACAAUUUCUAUGUCCCCACUGUGGCAAAUCUUUUAAAACAGCGAAUAUUUUACGUUUGCAUGUACUAAGACAUGGUGAGAGAAAAUACUCUUGUGCGGAAUGUCCCAUGAAGUUUUAUGUUCAAUCCAAACUGAACGAACAUAUGAGCGUACACACUAAACUAAAACCUUAUGUUUGUAAUAUUUGCGAUAAAACAUUUGCUCGUCCUUCAUCAUUAAAAGCCCAUAAGUUUAUACAUACCGGAAAAAGACCUUUCCUAUGUGAUUUAUGUAAUAUAAGCUUUGCCUUUAAACGUCACUUGAAGAGGCAUAAAAUCACUCAUACUGGGGAAAAACCUUAUGCCUGCACCUAUUGUGAUCGUGCUUAUGCUUCCAGUGGUGAUUUAGUUAAACACUUACGUUCGCAUGUGGGUGAAAAAACCUAUUUUUGUGAUCAAUGCCCCGAGGCUUUCAAAUAUUCCAUUGAACUUAAGGAUCAUAAGCUUAAACAUUAUAAAGAAAAUUUACAAGAAAAUAACGAUUAAAAAAAUCAAACUUCUUUAACGGCUGCAAGGUUUCAUUGACACUUUAUUUUAAGUUAUAUGUAAAGUUGUGUGUUUAUAACUAAACAAAGAAAAUUUUAUUGAAAUUAUGAAAUUGCAAAUCUA